CCGAUUAGUCCGCUUGUUGAUCCGCAGACCGUCUCCACUGCAGCCUGUGCAAGGAUCUGUGCUGCUGUAGCGGUGUUACCCUCUCUUAUACUCCUAAUUUGCGCCAUUGUAUGAGAGAGCCUUGGAAGUUCUUAACUUAUUGAUCCCUACAAGUCUACUUCGCCCUCUUGUUUAUCGUCUACUUAAGUGGUCCUCACCCGUACUCACGACUGUCUGUUCUUGCUGGCCACUGCGCUAUAUGAGGACCUGCCGAAGUUGACCACCACUCUUUUCAUCCCCGCCAACCUCGAUUUGAAAAGUCACCCGUUGCUGCUGCUGUCCGGACUUUUGAGGGAGAAGCGUCGAUUCCUGCGCCAUGCCAGCUCCCCUAGUCAAGGUCCUGCAUAGAAUGCAAGAACUCUUCACCAACAUUGUUGCUGCCCUGGAAGCAAUGCUUCUAUUUCCGUCUCUCUUCCGGGACUCAUCCCGUAAACGUCGGAAAGCCUUUCAGGGGGCAUAUUGGGGACGACGAACGCUGGAUGACUUUGCGGAUGAGGUUAACCGUCUACUGACGGCGCCUUUGUCCGUGCAAAACAUGACCACAAUGUCAGACAAGAUUCGCGCCCAAUUCAAGUCCUGUCUUCAAGCCAGUCCCGUAUGCAUGCUGCCAUCCUAUACCCAUGCGCUACCUUCAGGGUUGGAGAAGGGAACGUACUUGGCGCUGGAUGUGGGUGGCUCCACGCUUCGCGUAGCCUUGGUGGAGCUGCGCGGUCAUGGGGACUUGCGUAUCCUUCACGUGUCGUCCUCUACAAUUGACAAUGAUGUCAAGCUGUUGGAGGGUACGCGCUUCUUCGACUGGAUGGCGAAAAAGAUCGACUUCAUGUUACAAGAAGUAGGCACGAAUUAUGGCCGUGGGGAUGCUCCACUUUCUAUGGGUUUGUCCUGGUCGUUCCCCAUUGAACAAACAUCAAUAAGCAGCGGUUUGGUGAUACAUAUGGGCAAGGGGUUUCAUUGUUCUAAUGGCACCGUUGGGCAAGAGCUCGGCAAUUUAAUUGUCCAGUCCUGCAGGUCCCGCGGCCUAAACGUUGAAGUGGAUGCCAUUGUGAACGACAGUUCUGCAACGCUUCUAUCUCACGCGUAUCUCGAUCCCUCAACUCGUAUGUCCCUCAUUCUGGGUACCGGGACCAAUGUUGCGAUCCAUUUUCCUGUGCACCAAAUCGGAUUGACGAAAUUUGGCAUCAGACCUCCGGGUUGGUUCGACUACGCAAAGUCCGUUAUCAUCAACAGCGAAAUGAGCAUGUUUGGCGGUGGGAUUUUACCUAUGUCGAGAUGGGACGAGAUCCUUAACCGCACCCAUCUUCGGCCCGAUUACCAGCCUCUAGAGUACAUGAUCACCGGUCGUUAUCUGGGUGAAAUCAUCCGUCUCAUUAUCAUCGAAGCGGUGGAGACGGCGCAGCUGUUCGGCGGCAAUCUUCCUCACUCGAUGCGCGACGCUUACUCCUUCGAUACCAGUAUUGUUGCUUACCUAGAAGCUGAUACAUCAACUAGCUUGGCCCCGUCGGCAGCCCUCCUGCAAAAAGAGCAUACCUUCGCCACACCUCCGUCGGUGGAGGACUUGCAUUUUCUUCAACGCAUCUGCCAGGCUGUCUCGAAUCGAGCCGCAGGGUAUCUGGCGACGGCAAUCCACAGCAUGUGGUGCUUGCGCAAUGAGGCGGAGUAUCCCGAACUCACCACCCCGGCCACCGCAUCGAUCAAGGAGACGCAGGAGGUGACAGUGGUCGAAAGUGAAGGUAGCCCCCUUAGUCUGUCGAUCGCUUGCGAUGGCAGCGUCAUCAACAAAUAUCCUGGAUUCAGGGACCGUUGUCAAGGCUAUCUGAACCAGCUUGUGAAAGAGACCAACUCGUUGCAGCCGUCAUCCGACUUGGCAGCAAGACCCUACAUUCGCCUUGAUCCUGCUCCGGAAAGUGCUAUAGCUGGAGCCGCAGUUGCUGUAGCCGUGGCUGUUGCGCAAAAGAAGCCUGAGUAGAAUCAGAGGUAGAUUUGGCCUGACGAACGAUAGUGCUUGUGGUGCGCAAUUCGGAUUUCUCAGUCCAUCCAGACGAUCAGCAGUCUUGCACGCCAAGACUUUUUACAUUCUAGGUUCUUUGCAUUCUAGAUAUUUUCUGUUCGGUGAUGGUCGUCUUUGUUGCAUUUCAAUUUGCGGGCAGUUGGAGGUCAAUUGUUUCAUUCCCUACUACUCUACUUCGGAUGGUUCAUUGCCCGUGCCGUCAUUUGGGUUGUACUUUACUAUGGGGUUCGUUUCCAUUGCAUAUACGGGAUCAAUAAUCAUGCGCGGCAUUUCAUAUUCCGAAUGGCGAAC